UGCUGGGGGCUCGUGGAGGCAGGGGCCGGGGGCUUCCUGGGAAGAGGGAGCCAGAACAGAGAAACAGAACGACGCAAAACCACACGUGGCAGAGGAAUAUCUGCCAGCCCCGGGCCACUGCCGGCUCUGCCCUGGAUGGGCCCCCUCACCAGUCCCAGGCGCAGGCGCAGGCGCAGGCGCAGUUCUGUAUUCCCAAGGCAUGGAACACAGCAGUGGAUGGGACAAAAACAACCCUCCCUGCCCCGUGGAGUCCAAAGUCUUGGGAGGAGACGGACAAUACACAGGCGUGUAAGUGUGCCAGGUAGCAGUUAGGGUAUUCCGUCCCGUCAGGCCGAGGGGUCUGGCAGCUGGACGAGGCCGGUCGCAGACAGGACGCUGAGGGGAGCCUCACUGGGAAGGUGCCGUUGGAGCAAAGACCUGAAGGAGGGAGGGCAGGAGCCCUGUGGGCUCUGGGGGCAAGAGUGUCCGGCAGUGAGAACAGCAAGUGCAAAGGCCCUGAGGUGGGACGUGCCUGGCACAAAUGAGGAAGGCCAAGGCGGCCAGUGUGGCCAUGGUGUGUUAGGGGGCAGGGGUGUAGCAGGAGGUGAGGUUGAGGGUAGUGAGAAGCAGGAUCAGUCAGGGCCUGAGGCCAUGGGGAGGGCUCUGACCUAAACCCUGUAUGCGAUGGGAGUCAUGAGGUCAUGGGAGGUGGCUUUUUUUAAAGAUUUAUUUUAUUUAUUUGAAAGGCAGAGUUACAGAGGAGAGAAAGGGAGAGAUAGAGAGCACUCUUCCAUCCACUGAUUGACUCUUCAAAUAGUCACAAUGGCGAAGGAGGGGCCAGGCUGAAGCCAGGAGCCAGGAGCUUCAUCCAGGUCUCCUACAUGGGUGCAGGGGUCCAAGGACUUGGGCCAUCUUCCACUGCUUUCCCUGCAUUAGCAGGGAGCUGGCUAGAUUGGAAGUGGAGCAGCAAGCAGGGACUUGAACCUGUGCCCAUAUGGGAUGCUGGUUUUGCAGGCAGUGGCUUAACUUACUACGUUACAGCACCGGUCCCCCGGGAGGCUUCUGAGUAUAGCCGAGGGAUGGGGGUUGCCUUCGGUGUCCACUGGGUCCUUGAGAUGGCACAUGGAGGAGACCAUGAGGGGCUGUGGUUGCCAGCAUACCAGUGAAGGGGCUGCUGCAAAGUGACAGCAUGCGACAGCGGACAGGAUGGGGACAUGAGGGGCAGAGGAGGGCCGGGUAUCCUUCCUGACCUCCGUCUCCAGCCUCAUCUCUUGGGUCUUUCUAAAACACUGCCCCUCCUUUUUUUUUUUUUUUUUUUUCCUUUUAAAUAUUUGUUUAUUAUUUGAAAGGCAGAGUUACAGAGGGGGACAGAGAGAGAGAGAGAGAGAGAGAGGCCUUCUAUCCUCUGGUUUGCUCCCCAGAUGCCUGCAAUGGCCAGUGUUGGGCCGAUCCGAAGCCAGGAGCCAGGAGCUUCCUCGGGGUCUCCCUCAUGGGUGCAGGGGCCCAAGGACUUGGGCUGUGUUCUACUGCUUUUCCAGGCCAUAGCAGAGAGCUGGAUUGGAAGUGGAGCAGCUGGGACCCGAACUUGGCACCCAUAUGGGAUGCUGGUGCCGCAGGCAGAGGUUUAGCCUACUAUGCCACAGCACCGGUUCCUUCCCUCCCUUUUAAAACCACCCACGGCUCCUGGGGUCCUGGGGUCACAGCCGCAGCUCUUUAGCCUGGUGUCUGACCCCCUGAAGGGACUGCCCCAGCCUCAGUUUGCGCCCCUUCCACCCCUUGCACUCUCCCCACCUCGUGGGUCACUGUAGCCACAUAGAAGUUCCUGUCCCCGGGCCCUCGCUCGCCCAUGCUGAGCCCUCUGCCUAGGGCACUGUUCCUCCCCUCUUCCUGGGGCAGCACCUCCUCUGCGCAAGCCUCGUUUGUUCUGCAGCCUCCUUUAUUUGUUCAUUUAGAUUUACUUACCGCUUUAUGUGCUUAGAUUUAUUUAUUUAUUUGAAAAGGACAGUAAUAGGGAGAGACACAGAGACCUUCCACCUUCUGGGUCACUGGUCCUCAAAUGCCUGGAACUCCAUCCGGGUCUCCCAAGUGGGUGGCAGGAGCCCAAGCACUUCAGCCAUCUUCUGCUGCCUUGCCAGGCACAUCAGCAGGGAGCUGGAUCAGAAGUGGAGCGGGCCGGGACUUGAACUGGCACUCAUGUGAUACCGAGAUAGCAGGUGGUGGCUUCACCCACCAUGUCCCAACACCGCCCCCUCUCCAAACUCCUUGACAGGCAUGUGAAACGCACAGGCUUGGGCCCUGCCCUCGCCUCUCCAGGUGUAGUUGUGUUUCCUGCCCUCACCCCUCCAGGUGUAGGUGUGUUUUCUGCCCUCACCUCCCCAGGUGUAGGUGUGUUUCCUGUGUUCACCUCCCCAGGUGUAGGUGUGUUUCCUGUCCUCACCUCCCCAGGUGUAGGUGUGUUUCCUGUCCUCACCUCCCCAGGUGUAGGUGUGUGUCCUGUGUUCACCUCCCCAGGUGUAGUUGUGUUUCCUGUGUUCACCUCCCCAGGUGUAGGUGUGUUUCCUGCCCUCACCUCUCCAGGUGUAGUUGUGUUUCCUGUGUUCACCCCUCCAGGUGUAGGUGUGUUUCCUGUGUUCACCCCUCCAGGUGUAGGUGUGUUUCCUGUGUUCACUUCCCUAGGUGUAGGUGUAUUUCCUUUGUUCACCUCUCCAGGUGUAGGUGUGUUUCCUGUCCUCACCCCCCCAGGUGUAGGUGUGUUUCCUGUGUUCACCCCCCCAGGUGUAGGUGUGUUUCCUGUGUUCACCUCCCCAGGUGUAGGUGUGAUUCCUGUGUUCACCCCUCCAGGUAUAGGUGUGUUUCCUGCCCUCACCUCUCCAGGUAUAGGUGUGUUUCCUGCCCUCACCCCUCCAGGUAUAGGUGUGUUUCCUGUGUUCACCCCUACAGGUAUAGGUGUUUUUCCUGCCAUCACCUCUCCAGGUAUAGUUGUGUUUCCUGUGUUCACCCCUCCAGGUGUAGGUGUGUUUCCUGUGUUCACUUCCCUAGGUGUAGGUGUAUUUCCUUUGUUCACCUCUCCAGGUGUAGGUGUGUUUCCUGUGUUCACCUCCUCAGGUGUAGGUGUGCUUCCUGUCACUUCUCCCAGGUUUACUUCGUGCCCAGCCCUCUCCCAGCCACUGGCAGCUCUGGGGCCGUUGGGGAAAGUGGUCCAGGUUUCCCAAUGGAAUAGGUGUGAUACUUGAGAGAGCUGGAGGGGUCACAGAUGAGGCAUUUGGACAGUGCCGCAUUAUCCUUUGCACCUGCUGUGCCUGCGCCUCCCUUUCCUCUGUAACCUGAGGGUCGUAGUAGUAGCUGCCAACUAUGUGUUGAGAUUAAAGAAGUUCAUUCACGUGAAGUGCUUAGAGUAGGCCCACUGGCCCAAUUUGUUUUUUUUUUUUUUUUUUUUUUUUUGACAGGCAGAGUGGACAGUGAGAGAGAGAGACAGAGAGAAAGGUCUUCCUUUGCCGUUGGUUCACCCUCUAAUGGCCGCCGCGGCCAGCGCGCUGCGGCCGGCGCACCGCGCUGAUCUGAUGGCAGGAGCCAGGAGCCAGGUGCUUUUCCUGGUCUCCCAUGGGGUGCAGGGCCCAAGCACCUGGGCCAUCCUCCACUGCACUCCCUGGCCACAGCAGAGAGCUGGCCUGGAAGAGGGGCAACCGGGACAGAAUCCGGCGCCCCGACCGGGACUAGAACCCGGUGUGCCGGCGCCGCUAGGCGGAGGAUUAGCCUAGUGAGCCGCGGCGCCGGCCCCACUGGCCCAAUUUGAAUGAGGGAUCUCUGCCGUUUUUCUUCUGACUCUGGACUACACAGAGAUGCAUGGGCGGGGGUUCCCCACACCACCAGGGCCGACAUGGUCCGCGUUAGUGUUUGCCCACGGUGGAUCACGCGUGGUAAGGCAGUGCUUUUACAGGUCUCACUGACUGCAGCCUGCAGGAGGAAGUCAGUUUCUAUAGUCGCACCCACAUAUAAAGCAUGUUUUUCUCUUAGCAGCAUUCUUUUUUUUAAAUUGAAAUUCACACAACAUAAUUCACAUAACAUGAAUGUCGUGACUGCGAAGCGUACAAUUGAGUACAUUCAAGGGUUGUAUCACCACCACCUCUGUCUGGUUCUGGAACAUUUCCAAAAACUCCAUGCCCACCAAGCAGGCCCUCCUCAUCUCCCCAGCCCCUGGCAGCCAUCAGCCUGCCUUCUGUGUCUGUUAUUACACACGACACACUCAGGCCUUUUCUAUUUCAUUCUGUUUGAAUGAAAACUGGCCGAGGCCUGUCCAACCAUCACCCCCCGCUGCACACAGGGCUGCAUGCUGCAAUCCCAUGGGGAGCUGUAGAGGGUACAGACGCCCCGGAAACUCACCCCUGAGAUUCCAAGAGCAUCUGGGGCUUUCUAGAAGCUGCCAGGUACUGCUCUAUUCAGCCAAAGCAAGAGCCACAGACCAUUGGGUCUCUCUAGCUUGGAAAACACUGCAGUGAGCCUCAGAGCCAGGACAUGGAGGGGGGCACAGUGAUGCAAAGGUGGGAACGUGUUUAGACAUUGAAAUGUGCCUUGACAGACAGCUCUGCGAGGCAGGCAAACAGGGAGAUGCAACAUUACCUGCAGAGGAGAAACCGGAAGGCAGACAAACUGUAGAAAUUCUGGAAGAAAGAGAAGGGCUUGGACAGCUGGACCUAGAUCGGGGGGAAGGAUACCCAGAAAUGAGAGCGAGAGAGAACACAGCUGGGCUGACCCAGCCCC